GCAUUCCUGAGCGCCACGCAGCGCCCCGGGGCACGCGCACGCACAUGCCCGUGUGUGCACGCGCGGUUGUUUACUGGUAGAUCCACUCGGUGUUUUUCGACCAAACUCGUUUUUCCACCUCAGUAUUAGAUGUCCGGGCCAGGUGUGAUCUCUCUAUUGUGGUGCGAGACCCACUGCAAGGCUCGGGAGAGAGAGGGGACUUCCCCGUUGGAAACUUUGUUUCGUCCUCUCCUGACCGCUGAGUUUCGAUUAGAGCGAUGGGGAACGAACAGGAAAAUUAUACUGGAGCAGGUUGUUAUAAAAUAAUGUGCAGGUCAUAUACAUGUCCACACGGGGGAAGCACAGAGCGAGAACAUGAAGAGUUUGGAUUGGUUUGAGUCCAUAAGCUUUUGUUAGAUUGCCCUUACUUUAUUGUUAAUGAUGAGCUUCUCUGAAUCUCAAGUAUUGAGAUUCAGAAAAGCUGUCUAUUUUGGAAGUUUUGACAACGGUCAUUUCUAUAGGCCUACCGCUGCAAAUUAGCAUUGCAAAAAUCAGUUUUUCGCACUCACACCAUCUACGGUGUGCUAUAAUUCUGGACGAGGUCCAGCCCCACUGCGGCAGAGACCGGCUCAGCUGUCGUCUGUUAUAACCAGAAGCCAACUGCUCCCCGCCACUGACCCCAGCUCCCUUACAGCUGUCUGGGGCAGGCAUUCAAUGAGUCACCCAGAGAGACCCUCACAUGUCCAAAGACACAGUUCUACACCCAGAGAGACAGUCACCCACCCGCCUAGAGAGACAGUCAGACAUCGAGGGAGACAGUCAUAUCCACCCAGAGAGACAGUCAGACACACAGAAAGACAGGCUGACGCCCAGAGAGGCAGUCAGACACCCAGAGAGACAGUCAGACAACCAGAGGCAGACACAGUCAACCAGAGAGAAAGUCUCACACAUACAGACAGGCUGACACCCAGAGAGACAGUCAGACAUCCAGAGAGACAGAAACAAGGGACACCAGGAUAUGAACACCAACGCGGGUCUUUACAUUGGAAGCUGUGGGAGAUGCCGGGAAGCAGUGCAUGCUGGGAGCGCGUGCCAGGCCCUGGGAAAGCUGUUUCACGGCGCGUGUUUCACAUGCGCUGAAUGUGGCAGAGGAUUGACCGGCGAGCCCUUUUACCUGGUGUCUGGGAGGAUCUACUGUGACAAGGACUUCUUGCGCUCCGUUGUUCAGCCGACGCCCGAGGCCUGCGGGGGGUGUGGCCUCUCCAUCCCCGAUACGGUCCUUCAGGCGAGGGGCCGGUCCUACCACCCCUCCUGCUUCUGCUGUCCCACCUGCCGACGGGCCCUGGAGGGCCUCCCGUUCACCGUGGGCCCCGACGGCCAGCCCUACUGCCUCAGGGACUACCACAGGCGCUGGGCUGCCCGGUGUGCCGCCUGCCUGGAGCCCAUCUGCCCCCUACAGGGGUCCAAAGAAACGACUAGAAUAGUAAUAUCGGACCGAAGUUACCAUGUGGAGUGCUACGACCGCCAAGUAAAUCACGUUUGACAAGAUCUGUUAGGCAUUUGUUUGUUAUUUGUUGAAUUAUUAAUUAUUCAUCUAUAUUAUUUAUUUAUAAUUAAUUAAUAUAUAUAUAAUAAAUAUUUUUACAAGACAUUAAUAUAUAUAAAUUGUAUGUAUAUGAA